AUGGACAAAACCUUCUUUAAGGGAUCAGAUCGGAACCAUUCUCUCACUGAAGUGAAUCAGUUCUUUUUAACGAUUCACCACUCACUAGCAGUGAUGUUGAUGAAUUUGUUUGGAACAGGCAUGGAUCAAGAGUGUUGUGCAAAGAUGGAAGAAAAGCAGAAAGAAUUGAACAAGGAGUUAUUAUAUAUCUAUCAUCAUCAGUUAAAUGGUUCGUCAUGUUUUAAGUGUUCUGAAUUGCUUGAUAUGGUCUCCCUUAACCAAGUUUUGAGAGUUGUUCAUCAGGUGCUAAUUAACCAAAUCCUGAUAGGAAUUCCCUUUGGUAUAUUUGCAUACUAUCUAAUGGUAUGGAGAGGAUAUAAUUCUGAAAAAACCUUGCCUACAUUUCAGUGGGUAUUAUUUGAGCUUAUAUUUUGUGUGCUGAUGGAAGAAGCUGGCUUUUACUAUUCUCACAGACUUUUACAUCAUCCUCGAAUUUACAAGUAUAUUCACAAGCGUCACCAUGAAUGGACUUCUCCUAUUGCUAUUACAGCUAUUUAUUGUCAUCCUGUAGAGCAUAUUUUUUCCAAUUUAGUGCCACCAUUACUUGGGCCAUUGGUAUUAGGUAGCCACACUGCUACCUCAUGGUUAUGGUUUGCUAUUGCUAUCUUGUCAACCUUAAAUGCACAUUCUGGCUUCCACUUUCCUUUCUUCCCAUCUCCAGAAGCUCAUGAUUUUCAUCAUUUAAAUUUGGGAAAGAAAGGAGCAUCAUCUAGCAGUGGUGAAAGGGGUGCAUGA